CAUUAAACUCAAGACACAUCCCCUGAAUUCAGAAGAAAAGAAAAGUCAUGAGCCUCAAUGUUUCCAAGUUCUUGUCCUCACACAGAGAAGAGAGGCAAGACCUGCAGGAGAUGAUCUCCUCUCUUCCUAAAGCUAUUGGCUUGCUGUCCUUAAGUGAAUUCCAACAAUACCAGAGCUUUUGGUUCGAUCGCGUCAGCCUAGAGGGAUUCAUAUUAGCCCAACAACACUUCCAGGUCGAACCAACUGAUAUCAUCAUGAGCAGCUCUCCCAAAUCAGGCACAACUUGGCUCAACGCCCUGGCUUUUGCCCUCGUCACUCGCCACUGCAAUGAUGAUUUCAACAGCCCUUUACUCACCAUCCUCCCUCACAAUUGUCUCCCCAUGUUGGAAUUUGGUCUCCUCCAGAGGAAAAGCAACCGGAUAGGAUACCAGACCUUCCUCUCUUUUCCGCACACACUCCCUACACUUGUUUACCAAAGUCCAUACAAGCCACACCUGGUUGCAAAAUCGUUUACAUUUGUAGGGAUCCCAAGGAUGUGUUUGUCUCAGUGUGGUGCUUUCACAACAGGAUAACCCCGAAUCCAUUAUCUUUGGAGGAGGCACUUGAGAUGUUCUGCCAAGGAUUGUCAUAUCGAGGGCCUUACUGGGAUCAUGUGUUGGAGUACUGGAAUGCAAGCUUGGAGCUGCCGGAGAAGGUACCUUUUUUAAAAUAUGAAGAAAUGAAGAGUGACACGGCUCUUCAUUUAAAGAGAUUGGCUGAGCUCAUGGGCUGUCCUUUCACCAAGAAGAGAGCCGAGACGUUGCGCAGAAAAUUGUAGAGCUCUGUAGCUUUGCGAAACUGAGCAAUCUAGAAGUGAACAAAACAGGCAACCAACUUGUGCUGGACAAUUUCUCGAUUGAAAAUCAAUGAGCAGAAGUGGAAGGGUUCAGGAUUGAGUACAUAUAAGCCGUCAUCAAGUGCUUGAGUGUAUAUCUUGAAGACUUGAACCCAAAAUACUGUCUUGAAGAUUAGUUUUAUUUUUUCCUAUGCUUUCCUCUAGACUUCUCUGUGUGUAACACUUGGAAUUUCCAAAGUUGCUGCUCCAAUGAUGUUAUGCACGUUUAAUACUCUGUUAGUACUUGUACGUGGCUUUUUGCAUGUUUGAUGGAGAUUAUGAUUUGAAACAAAAAAAAAAAAAAAAGGCAUCAAGAUGU